GCGGUGGAUUAGUUUGUGUAUUAAAAUAUUUCAUACAAUAGCGAUGAGGUGCCGGCUAUGUUUAUGCCUUGUGGACAAACAAUGUGGUUAUGCGUCUCUAGUUGACCAAGCUUUCAGCAACAUGGUCAAACAAGUUAUGAAUUUUGUGAUAUCGACAGCACAGAGUAUCGCUGAACAGCAAUAUAGUUUGCCCGUUUUGGUUUGCCUGCAGUGUUCGAAAACUGUAAGAGAUUUUUACAGUUUUUGUAAAUUGGUUGAAGCUAAUCAGAUAACACAAAGAUCGGAAUACGCGAAUCGGAACAAUGCUAUGUCCAUCGAUGAACUUCUGGAAUGCAUCAAGCCCGAUCCUGAAUUGGAAGAUGGCAAGCUUAAUGAUGUUGUGCAAGAUUCCCUUGUCAUGUCCGCUUCAGAAGAAGAUCCGGAAAACGAUGGUGAAAUUUUCUCUACUGCUACGGAAAACGUGAUGGACAAGGGAAUAACAGUAUCAAAAGAAAUCCUGUCAAUCUGCGUUGAUAAAGGAGACGUCAUUAAAAGCAUUGCAAGCAUGGAAAGACGCAUAAGUAUUAUGACGAAGAAACUUGAUACGGCUUUACAGAAGCUGCCUAUACCAGGAAACGUGAAGGAUCGACGCGUUUCUUUCGAGUUCAGUCCAAUUACUAAUGAGGUGGAACUUGCUUCCUUAAAUGAGCAUUUGGGUCAAAAAGAGUACUUUCAAACUUUUCUAGACUGGCUAAAUUGUGAAGUAUCAAUGGCACGUACCGGCGACCAUCGCAUGCACGAGGCAUUAGAUCUAAUUUUUAGCAGGCCUUUUUUUGCCGAAUGCAGUUGGACAGGUAAAUCGGUACCUGGAAAAAUGAAGUUAGCGUUGAUAAACUACAAACAGGUGAUAAACAUAUUUAGAAUAAUAGGUUCUACUAGAGGGUCAAAAGUAAGUGACCUAGCACUACUGUGUUUUUUCCAAAGAAAGUUAAAAUACGCUAAAAGAAGGGCCCAUUCCCCUGUUCGGAGAUCCACAUGUCGUCCAACGCGGAUAAAAUAUCCAGUUUCAUGAAUCUCCGCAAUCCUAGCGUUACUUUAAAAAAAGCUAAUAACCGUCAUUAAAUAUUCGUUUCGAAUAUUUUUUUGUUUUUAAUAAUUAAAACCCGUAUCUUCAACAUAGUGUGAAAUAGAUUGAUGAUGCAUGAUGUAGCUUGAUCCUUGAUAGCGAAACCUCCUGUCUCCACUAAGAACCGUUGCAGCGUAGUUAAAGAUGGUUAAAGAAAAAUAAACAAACUGAAAACUA